CGUCGCACGGAAAGUCACCUCGUCGUGUCGGUCAGAAGCGGCUACUGACAAGUUAGCGACGCUAGCAUGGUCAUAGUGGUGCUGGGGGAAGGUCGACAGUAGGACAGCAGCAUCCUCUCUCAUCGUUUAAUUGACCUUUCAUUUACAUAUUGGACAACGUCGUGAAAACGGGCGAAGCAAACGGUCUUUAAAAAUCAUCUGUGGCGUUAAGAAAGGUCCCGAGCUAGCUAACAAUUUAGCGAGCUAGCUUCAAGUUGCGCUCAGUAUCUUCAUUUUCAUCAGACACAUCUACAAUCAUGGCUGCGCUGAGAGCGUCCUAUCACAGGAUUUUGGACAGGAUCGAGCACAUGCUGCCCGCCAAGCUGAGACCUUUGUACAACCACCCGGCAGGUCCAAAAACAGUUUUCUUCUGGGCCCCGAUGUUUAAAUGGGGUUUGGUUGGAGCUGGUUUGGCUGAUAUGACUCGACCAGCAGAGAAACUCAGUGUGUCCCAGUCUGCAGUACUGACAGCCACAGGCCUGAUCUGGUCCAGAUACUCAUUGGUCAUCAUCCCGAAGAACUGGAACCUGUUUUUCGUCAACUUCUUCCUCGGCAGCGCAGGAGCCUCCCAGCUCUACAGGAUCUGGAGGUACGAGCAGGAUCAGAAGGCGAAGGCUUUGGAGGCUGCGGAGUCCUGAGAGCUUUCCUGUUGCCAACGCUCCACUGCAGUGGACUGAAAGGGAGACUACACACCGGGCAGCAACCUGCCCCUUAUCAUCAUCUCCACAUCAUCCCAUGUUGUCUCCAUAACAUCCAUGCCAUAACCAUCAUUACUACCACAUUAAGCCUGUCGUCCCUGUUGGAAAAGUGCACCUUUUCUUAAGUUUCAAAUUUCCUCAGGGUACAAACAAGAAAAUGAAUAACGAGAGAACGUUUUUUAACUGUUGUCAACACACACGCACAUAGGAGAAUUGUGGUCAUCAACGCACAAGUACUACUUGUUCGACAAGUUGUGUGAUUGUACAUUUUUAAUUUAAGUUCAUGCUUUAUAUGUCAUGCAGUAGAGGAGUUUUGCUUUUUACAUCAUCAUCGUUCAGGUGUAGCAAUCUGUACCUCAUGUAAUAAUUUCCAAAAACAAAAAAAUGUAUAUCUUGGACACGGCUGAACACGGUUUGAGGAAUGUUUCCAAAUUAAAUUAAGAAGGAUGUCAUCACAUUUAUCUUAUUUAUAUUAUAGUCACAGCAUCUGUACCUCAGUUCUUAUCAAAUCAUAAUUGAUUACCAUGUAAUGAUUCCUUCCAUCUUCAUGGCUUGAAGUCUUUUAAUGUGUGUGCGAACAAAUCAUAAUUUAUGAAUCACUUCAUUAAAAAUGUCUCUUGUUGUCAAAACUGUAAAGAAAAGAUGCUGUUAUUUUCUGAUUCCAUUAACACAAAUACCAAUGUUUAACCUGUGCACCCUUUUAUUGAUUGUUAGCACAGAGUUAAGUAGCGAACACUGUUCCUGACAUGCUAACAGCUCUUUGUUAUCCAAAUCUUUUAGAAGGUGUUUUAUAUUUUUCCUGUGUAAGAAUAGUGCUUUCUUUGACUUGUUCCCACUAUAAUUAUUACAUUAUAAUCCCCCAACUAUUUAAGCAAUAAUUGGUGUCAUCACUUUUAAAUACUUCUUGAUCUGCUGACUGUUUUAACAAAUGACACUUUGAAGGUUCAUCAUAAUGGCUCUGUGGCUAUGUAAUGGCAAUGUAUUGCUAAUAAACCGUUGAACACCCUGGUGA